UAUGCAAAGCAGCUGCCCGACUCGGGCCGCCGGGGCUGCGCUGUCCCGGGAGCCCGGGACUGUCAUGCGGUGGCCGCGCGGCGGGAGGCAGCGUCCCGGAGUGGCUCCGUAAGCGCGGCCCAGGGGACACCCCGAGGGGCUGAAGAUGAAGGUGCCCGCGCUUGGGCCCCCGCUGAUUGCCAAUCCCUGUGCAGCCCGCACCCCGCGCCGAGCCCCAGGCAGCCGAGGACCCGCCUUCGCCGCAGCAGCGGCAGCAGCAGCAGCAGCUGGAGCAGCCCCCGAGGCGGCGGCGACGGCGGCGGCGCGGGGGGCGCGAGCUCCGGGGCCGCCGCGGGCCCGGCUGCCAUGAGUUGUGCGGAGGUGAUGUAUCACCCGCAGCCGUAUGGAGCGCCCCAGUAUCUGCCCAACCCCGUGGCCGCGGCCACCUGCCCCACUGCCUGCUACCACCCGGCGUCCCAACCUGGCCAGCAGAAAAAGUUAGCGGGAUACAGCAAGAUGCAGGACUCUCUGGAAGUCAACCUUCCCAGCAAACAAGAGGAGGAUGAGGAGGAGGAUGAGGAGGAGGAGGAGGAGGAGAAAGACCAGCCUGCCGAGAUGGAGUACCUUAACUCUCGCUGUGUCCUUUUCACUUAUUUCCAGGGAGACAUUGGGUCAGUAGUGGAUGAACACUUCUCAAGAGCUUUGGGCCAAGCCGGCACCCUCCAUGCAGAAUCUGCCAUUUCAAAAAGCAAGAUGGGGCUAACCCCACUAUGGCGAGACAGCUCAGCUCUGUCAAGCCAACGGAAUAGUUUCCCAACUUCCUUUUGGACCAGCUCUUACCAGACUCCACCUGCACCUUGUCUAGGGGGAGUUCAUGCUGACUUCCAGGUCACUGCCCCCGCUGGUACCUUUACUGCAGCUGACCCCAGUCCCUGGCCAGGACACGGCCUCCAUCAGACUGGUCCAGCCCCACCCCCUCCAGUUUCCGAAUCCUGGCACUAUCCUUUGGCAUCUCAGGUGAGCCCAUCCUACAACCACAUGCACGACGUGUACAUGAGACACCACCACCCCCACGCCCACAUGCACCACCGCCACCAUCACCAUCACCAUCACCACCAUCCUUCUGCUGGCUCCGCCCUGGAUCCUUCCUACGGGCCCCUGCUGAUGCCGUCCGUGCGUACAGCCAGGAUUCCUGCUGCCCAGUGUGACAUCGCAAAGACAGAUCCGACUACAGUGACCACUGCUACCUCAGCGUGGGCAGGAGCCUUGCACGGAACUGUGGAUAUAGUGCCAAGUGUGGGCUUUGAAGCAGGUCUGCAGCAUCAAGACAAGAGCAAGGACUCACCUUGGUACUGAAAUGCACAGUAUUAGCGAGUUGGGUUAGAGUGUGAAUCCAAAGGCCCACUGAUAAAUGAUGCUCCCGGGAUUUUCUGUUCUGCAAUGGGACACAAUAGACUUGGAAGAAGAGGAAGUGUCAGCCAGUUUGAAUAUGGCUUGGAACCUUUCCUUGAGAAGCAGAGUGGGUCCUAGACAUUGAAGAGAAGCAUUUUUGUUUGU